UGGUGAAUAAGUAACAUUCAUUGAAAGAAGCGGACAGACACACACCGUAACAGACUCUAAACUGUCUCACCUCUGCAGGGGUAGCAGGCUCGGCACGGUGAUCGGUGUCAGUCGGUGUCGGUCGGUGGUGGUCGGUGUCGGUCGGUGGUGGUCGGUGUCGGUCGGUGGUGGUCGGUGUUACGUCAUAAAGUCAUAUACGGACCGGCGAAGUGGCAGACAGGUCACCCUGCAGUGAUGUCAUCGGUCCCCCUCUUCCUCCUUCUCUUCCUCGUCCUCACCCCGGCCUCGACGUUGGAGUUUCGUUACCACAACAACCGUGAGAUCGAGCAGUACCUCCUCCAGGUCAACGCCUCCAACCCCGCCAUCACACACCUGUACAGCAUCGGCCAGUCUGUCAGAGGGCAGCAGUUGUGGGUUUUGGCUCUGGGUCUCAGUCCUCGCCGUCACACCGUCGGCAUCCCCGAGUUCAAAUAUGUGGCUAACAUGCAUGGAAACGAGGUUCUUGGCCGGGUGCUGCUGUUACAGCUAAUUGACGACCUGGUGCGUGGUUACCGUAACAACGAAACGUGGUCAUUGCAGUUACUGAACAGCACCCGGAUCCACAUCCUGCCGACGAUGAACCCAGACGGCUUCGAUGCAUCGGACACGGACUGCCAGUACAGCCAGGGCAGGGCCAACUUUAACGGCGUUGACCUGAACAGGAACUUCCCCGAUGCGUUCGCUGGUCUCCGGAGGCAACCGCAGCUUGCCGAGCGGAAUCGGGAGGCAGAGGUCAGAGCUGUGAUUGGCUGGUUGAGGACUGAGAGUUUUGUCCUCUCCGCCAACCUUCAUGGAGGUGCUUUGGUGGCCAGUUAUCCCUACGACAACAGCAACGGAGGCAGCGAGCUGGUGGGCGGGGCCAGCGUCUCUCCUGAUGACGACGUGUUUGUCCACCUGGCCAAGGUGUACUCCUACAACCAUGCUUCUAUGCACCAGGGCGACCUCUGCAGUGACGGCAGGCCGUUCCAGGAUGGCAUCACCAACGGAUACCAGUGGUACCCUUUGGAAGGUGGGAUGCAGGACUAUAACUAUGUGUGGGCCCAGUGUUUGGAGCUGACUCUGGAGAUUUCCUGCUGCAAGUUUCCUCCAGUCAAUCAACUUCCUGCUCUGUGGGCGGAUAACAGGAAGUCUCUGCUGGCCUUCAUCCAACAGGUCCACCUGGGGGUCAAAGGUCGUGUGUUCGAUGGCUCCGGAGUGCCAGUACAGAACGCGGUGGUGGAGGUCAAAGGUCGCAGAAAUAUGUGUCCAUUCAGAACCGACCGACACGGAGAAUACUACAGACUGCUGUUGCCUGGAAACUACAGCUUCACAGUGACGUACCCGGGUCAUGAGGUUUUGACGGAGACUCUUAACGUCCCGCACGGUCCCGAUUUCUACUCGGCCAUGAAACACGACUUCAUGUUACGCACCAUCCCCACGACGACUAGGCGCACCUCGGCUAACCCCACCCAGGCUAGCCUCACCCCUAGCUGUGACUACAGGUUACAGCUGGAGGCAGGUGGAGUCGCCUCCAGGCCCACGUGGACGGGGCUGGGUGCGGGUCUCGGCCUGGUGGCGGCGCUCCUGUCCCUGGUUGGCUGAAGCUGCCCGGUGCUCGGUGUGACGCUCGCAGGUUUUGAACCCUCAACCUGCAAGAAAACAAACAACAAAAGGUCCUCCAGAGGUUUCUGAAGGUUUACCGUUCACCUCCAGCUUCGUCACUGCAGAAGUAUUCUAACUCGAGGGCAAACAGGGAGGGGGGGUGGGGGGGCGGGGGGGCAGGGUGGAGUUAAAAGCCCUAAUCACCGUCAAAGGUUCAUACAUGUCCUCGCUUAAAUGGGUGGUGCUGGAAGGUGACCACACCUAUGGUGACGUGGUGACUACUCGCCAAGUUGUUUUCACAGAAGAGAGCACAUGAAUACACAAAUUAGUGGGAAAUUAACUACUGAAGUGAGAGAAAUAUGCAUCGACUUUGUAUUUCUAGAAAGAAAUAGAUUUUAUUUUCUUGUUGUUGUUGUUUUUUUACAAUUGUUUUUAACCGUCAUGCUCUCCUUGGGUCAAAUUGACCCCAUUUUAGGUAUUUUUUUAUUUUUUUGUCACAAAAAAUGGGCCAUUCAAUAAGUUCAAAAAUAACUUCUAAAAAUGUCAACUUUCAAAAUAUCAAAAAUCUUAAGAAAAAACAUCAAGAAAAGCACACACAACAUUGAAAAAGUGACAAAAGUGUUGUACAAAGCGAUAAUGUUGAGAAAAAAGCGCCCAAAAUGUUUUGUUUUUUUGUCCAUGGUUGACAGGAAGACAACACAAGGGUUAAUACCAAUCCAGGACCGCUCCUAAAAGGAGGACAAACUAUUUAAAACUUAGGAUUCAAGGGAAAAGACAGACAUAACAGUGGCACUUUCCUGCAUCAUAGAGAGAUGUUCCACACAUGAAGCAGCAGGUUUUCACCGAGAGAUUAUUGUAUUUAAAUUUUAAAUGGAUCACAGGAG